GUCACAUCAGCUGUACUCGGUAUCUCCUUCAGACAGGGGAACCAGCAACCUGAAAAGGAUGGAGCUGUGGCUCCUCUGUUGGCUGGUCCUGUCUUUGGUGUCUCAUAACAUCACCUUUCAAAAGGGUUCAGGUCGUUGUAAAAUGUCCAAUGGAAGGAAACCUAAGCCUUCAGACAGCAGAAAUUGUAUGGAAGACGUGAACAACCUUUUGGGAAACGGAAAACACAGUGACUCUAUUGAAGCAGUGAAGGCCCUAGAGGAGUUUCUAGAGAAAACAGAGAUGAGUGAGACUAACUCCAUGUCUGUCGGCCAUUUGGUGGCUGUUCUGCACAAACAAAAAGGCCCCUUCAGAGGUCUUAAACUUUCUGCUAAUGAUGAUGAGGCAAAGUCAGACGAGACUGUCACCAACAGCAAAGUGAGCGUUCGACUGCCGAGAGAGUUGGAUAUUGGAUCAGACAACACGGUUGUGUUCUGCAUGCUUACCUGGCCUGAAGCAAAUGGGAUCAUAUGGGGAAACAAAGAUGUAUUAUAUGAGAGCAGACUGGUUGGCCUGAGUGUGGGGGGCAAGAACAUUUCAGGACUACGGGAGUAUGUCAACAUCACAUGGAAUCUCACUGUAAAUGAGACCCAAGAACCCAGGUGUGUCUUCUUUAACUUUUCAACCAAGGAAUACAGCAGCGAGGGCUGUGAAACAGUGUGGGAACGUGGUCAGAGUGACGUCACCUGCUCCUGUAAUCACCUCACAUACUUUGGUGUGCUCAUGGUGUCUCCUUCCUCCCUUUCAGAUGUAGACCUGGAGGUUCUGUCUUACAUCACUCUGAUUGGCUGUAGUCUUUCUCUUUUUACCCUGGUCAUCACUGUUCUGCUCUUCAUCACAAAUAGAAAAGCCAGAGCAGAUGUCUCCAUGAAAGUCCACAUCAACCUUGUCAUUGCCCUGAUCCUCCUCAACCUGCACUUCCUCCCAAGCCAGACGGUGGCAGCACUGUCCUCCACUGGGCUUUGCCUUUACAUGGCUCUCUCUCUUCAUUACUCCCUGCUGGCCACUUUCAGUUGGAUGGCCCUGGAGGGUUUCCACCUCUACCUCCUCUUGGUCAGAGUCUUCAACAUCUAUGUCAGGAGAUACCUGCUCAAACUCAGCGUGGUGGGAUGGGGUAUCCCUGCAAUCGUAGUGGCCCUAGUGGUCGUCAUUGACAGAAGCGCAUAUGGACAUGUCCCUCUUGACUUCGAUAACCCCAACAGCACUAAAAUAUGCUAUAUAGGCAAUACUACAGUGAAGACAGUGACUACAGUUGGAGUAUUUGGCUUGGUGUUCCUCUUUGAUGUGAUCAUGUUAGGGGUGACAAUCAGACGCGUUGUGAGUCUCCACCGAAUCAAAGAGUUUGGGAAGAGUGACCGUGGCAGAGCCAAGCGAGACAUCUGUACCCUGCUGGGAGUCACUACGCUGCUUGGCAUUACCUGGGGCCUAGUCUUCUUCUCAUUUGGCUACCUGACCACUCCUGGCCUCUAUCUCUUCUGCAUCCUGAACUCACUGCAAGGUUUCUUCAUCUUCCUGUGGUUUGUGAUGUCUUUGAGAAAGACUGAGAACCCACCGGCUAAGACGAGUAGUGAAACACGCAGCACCAACAGCUAAGGCUAAAGCCAUCACACCAAGACGUGUGUGUGUGUGUGUGUGUGUGUGUGUGUUUAGACGUAUUCAUACUGUCACGUUUGCUAAUAUUAUUUCUUUUUUAGAUGUCUUGUACAACAAUGUAGCAGAGAAGCAAACAUGCUAGUUAUGGUGAACUCAGCUGUAGGUGACUCUAAUAUUUAAUACAAAGAUUCAUAAAUUUAGUGUGAUUUUUGUUUGUUUUGUCGUGUACCCUGUAGCUCUGUGUUGAAGUGUUUAUCCAUCCUCUAUACCCAGCAGCUCUUCUGCUUCAUUUUGUGCACAACUGUGUGAACUUGAAAAGAGCAUGCACGCUACUUACAGAAAAGCAAGAACCCAUAUUUGAAUCAUGGACUGCCUUGGUGUGACUGUCACACCCUGAGAUUUCUUUUUCUUUUUACAAAGAACAUCCAGAAGGGAAGUUAAGAGGAUAUCAUUAAUUUCCUCUUUGAGCCCUCACCAAAAUCAUUUUGCUACUGAACUCUGCAUCCACUAAACUAAAGUGCCUGGUGCAAGUGUGACCCGUAACUGUGUAGAUCAUUGCAACAUAGUUGAACACCAUCCAUCACUAUCCCCGAAACACACUCCAAUGUAGCACAGAGUAGAUGAUUAAGCAUUUUACCUUUUCCAUUUUGGGGCAGCUUGAUGUGGGUCGUACCCAUCUCACUCCUAUUAGCGAAAGUUUCAGGAGAGAAUGUUUCAGUGAGGAGAUCCCUUGAUAACCCAUUAAAGAGAGAGAGAAUCCAUCAAGCAGUGGCAACGAGUUGCCCAGAUGUGACAGGGAGAGCUGCUGUAAUUGGUGCAGAUUAAUUUUAUGCCUCAAGCCCAGUCGCCAGAAGAGAGUGUUGGCAUUGUACAUUUGUGCAAACCAUGCUACAUUUGUACAUUUCAUACGCAUAAUAUCAAAGUUUCUAAGAUGAUGUAGUUGACUACAUACGAGCGGAUUUUGUCAUCCGGAGAUGGCGGAUUGUGUGACACCAUCUGCCAUCCCACACCACUGAAGACUAUUGUUCAAGACCGACAAAGAAAAAAUUUGAUUGUUUUUAGCUGAGCUACUAAAAUUGUGCCACCAAAAACAAGUAAUAAGAGCCAAAACAGGAUCUUUUCCUAAUGAUAACCAAGUGUUUUUUUGUGCCUAAACAUAGCCACACAUUAACCACAGCAUUUUUUAAAUAUAAAGAAAUUUACAAAUGUUACAUAUCCAUGCUUUGCAGAAACGUACAUAUGCUAAUAUCCAUUUUGGUGACUGGGUUGAAGGCACAUAUCCACUUUUCUGCAGUAUGUCAUGACAGGAUCUGGGUUGGAUCUGACACUGAUUGAAUGCAAGACUUUCUGAGAGUGUAGAUUCUGAGGUGUACCCUUGCAGAGAAUCAUCUAUUUCAUAUUGUAUAUUUUAUUUUAAGUACUGUUUUGUGAACAUUUUCAUCAUAAAUAUAUAUAUAUAUGUACAGUA